CGCAGUCGUCGACGGUCGCUCGGCGAGUCGACACGGAAGUGAGUGGUCGUUCGCGAUCGAUCCCGCCGCGUCGCGAGAUUUUUCACGUGACCUCGUUCUUGUUGUGCGUUUCGUCAACGAGAAUCUUGGUGCGCGCUCUCCGCUCUCUCUCUCUCUCUCUCUCUCUCUCUCUCCCUCUCCCUCUCUUUCUCUCUCUCCCUUUCCCUCUCCCUGUCUUCUGCUUCUGAAUCACGUUGGCGUGGCGGAGCGGAGUUAGUCCGCGAUCUGGCUCGGAUCCGGACGGCUGGCCUGCAUGUCGAUAAAAUGCCGUUUUAUUGACUUUCGUUCGACUUUCCCACGGCCGCGGAGAGAGAGAGAGAGAGAGAGAGAGGUCUUUCUUUCUCUCCUAUUCAAAUGCGCCGUAUCUAGUCGCGGUGCCCGCCGAUAUAAUCGUGUGACAUCACGCGGUGUGUUACGCUAACGUUGUUGCCAUCACCAGCCGCCCGUGUGCUCGCUGUCAAUCGCGGGAGCAGUGAAAAUGCCCGCGCGACUCAGCAAGUUUUCGUUCGAGGUGCCUUGCCGAGAUUACGUACAUCCAUGGACGAAGUCCUGCGUCAGCGCGACCACCGGUCUCGGUCUGCACUGCUUGCAGGAAUCCCUCAGGAUAUACACGACCGUUUACAUCAUUGCAUUUUUAAUGAGAGGAAAGAAGCCAAUGAAAGAAGAUAUCAAGAAAACUUUGUUGGGUAUCCUUCAAUCCACAGCAUUUCUUUCGUGGAGUGCUUUCUCUUAUUCGAUGUGGAUUUGUUUAUUAAGGCAAGCACUUGGACGUUUUUAUAUACCGACUGUAUCUUUUCUUCCGUCCUUUUUAUCUAGCCUAUCUGCCAUUGUGAUAGAAAGAGCCUCUAGGCGUACGUUACUGUGUCUUUACGUGUCAAAUGUUGCAACAGAAACUUUGUUUAAAAUGGGUUUAUGGCGAGGAUACUACUCAUCUGUUCCAAGAGGAGAGGUCUAUAUAUUUGCCGUAAGCGUAGCUGUGUUACUGUAUUUCUUUCGUUCGAAGACAAACAAACAGGAUCAAAUAUAUAAAAUAUUUAGGAUGAUUAUUGGGCAGUAUGAAGAGAUUGAAUAUCUUAGAAAGAAAGACUCACAUUCCGAAACAUCUUCGAGAAACAUUGUAACUGACAGCGCAAAGAGUGACAGAAGUAUACGUAGGAACUCUGCAAGACAUAAAUUCAGUAUUCUAUGGAAGUCUUUUGAGGCAUACAAAUAUAUCAUUAAUAGCUUAAAGGCACAAAGUAAGGAUGCUUCGUGUCCGCAUCCUUAUAGCUGCGCACAUUAUAUUUUAGCGGAUAGUGCAAGAAUGUUCAGUUAUGGUGUUUGCGGACAAAUAGCGCUUAAACUAAUCUUGCAAUUUAAAAGAUUACUUCAAAAGCCGAAAUUGCUAAAAACCACCAUCUUUCGAAGAGACAAUUUAAAUCUAGCUAUAUUUCUUGGAGGAUUUACCGGUCUUUUUAAACUAGUAUCAUGCAUGUUGAGAAGAACCCUCCACAAAGAUUCGCACAUUUAUGCUAUUCCUGCUGGACUUAUCGCAAGCGUAACAUUUAUGGCAUAUCCCAAUACUACUAUAGCUUUAUAUUUCAUGUGGAAAACGCUACAGUUGCUGUGGAAUGAUGCAGUGGAAAAUGAGAAAGUACCUGAAGUAAAAUGGUUUCCGAUCUUUUUAUAUUGUUUUAGCACGGCAGUUCUCUUCCAUGCAGCUAUAGUAGAACCACAAAAUUUGAGAUCAUCCUAUUGGAGAUUCCUUUACACUGUGUCUGGCGGAAGAAUAGCAGUAAUGUCCCGACUACCUAUGAAUGUAUUCGGUUUAGAAACUCACAAAAAUUUGCAAGAAGUGCUCAGAAAAACGAAAACCACAGAUCAACUUACCUUUUCGUUCUAAAUAUCGAGUGUAAGUAUCAAGUAUGACAAUACGUACCUUAGUAUCUUUUUCUUCGGAAACGAAAAAUAAUUCUCUAGAACCA